GAGUGGGGUUGUCGUCACUGGGAGCUGCAGCAGCAUCAGCAUCACCGGAAUGAGUAACAGUGCGCAACUUGGAGAAACAACAACACUGUCCGUAGGAGCGCGCGCGUCUGUGUCCGUUUACUGUGAGCUUCACGAGCCUGUGUGUGACCGUAUUCAUGAGGAGGUAAAGGUGCCAAAAACUACACGGACUCUCUGUGGACCUGCCGAAAAACGGGAGCCAUGGAUUAUAUAAAAAUCUACAACACUUUUCUCUCCAUCUUCAUGUUGAUAAUUAGCAGUACCUGUCACGCUCUUUUGGACAGAUUUCUGGAUCAGUUUUUUUGGUCAGAUGCUAGCUGUGAUUUUGAAUCACUGUGCCUCUGGACUUUAUCAAAUCACAGCGACCAAAGUGACUGGUCAGUGGUGUCACCACAGCAACCAGAGAGCACUCUGGCGGGGAUGAUGCCAAUGACCGACAACUCACGGAGAGGCUCUAAUGGGCACUUCCUUCUCCUAAGCCCCUCUCCUGCUGCCGAGGCCUCUGGGAGAUGCGAGUACCACUUAACCAGCCCGGUCUUACCAGCAACCCAUGAGAACUGCAUCUUCCAGGUGGCUCUGUAUGACCCCAGCUCAGUGGUGGAGAACCUCAUGCUCCUGAUUAAACCAGUGCUCUCAGGUUCAGCGGUUCGCUCUGUGGCUCUCAAACACAGGCGACGUGAUGACCGCAGGGCUGAGUGGGAAAUUCUGGAGACGGUGAUUGGUAUUGUGCACGAGCCCUUUCAGGUGAUCCUGCUCUACACUUCCUGUUUGGGAGAAGAUGGAGCCACUGUGGCUCUGGACAAUCUGGAGCUCAUAGACGCUGAAUCAGAACACGAGGAAAUCGCAUUGGAUGCGGAUUGUGGGGAAUCUUUCUACUGUAUAAACUCAGGAGGCUGCAUCGACCAGAGCCAAGUGUGCAACUUCCACACCGACUGUGCUUUAGGAGAGGACGAGGGCUUCAUCUGUGGUACUCUUCCAUUUGGCUCCCACUGUUCAUUUGAACAGGAUGCAUGCGGUUGGUCCAUGUCCAACCAGCACUCGGCCUGGAGAAGGGUCGCUGGAAAUGAACUUCUGGAGAGGGAGGACAUGCAGGGUGUUGCUCUGCAGAGUACACCAGGGCACUUCCUGUUUCUGCAGGUAAGAGAGAGUAAUUCUGUUCGAGAGGCGUCCAUUCAGAGCUCCUCUUUCCCUCCUCCAGUCUCUACCACUGCCUGUCAGAUGCGUUUCUCCCUGUACCUGUAUGGACACUUCAAUGGUUCAUUGCUGGUGGCUAUAGAGGAGAAUGGGACCAGCACAGCACCACUGGUCUGGGAGAGAAAUGAUCAGUGGACAGACGACUGGGAAGAUGUUGCCCUGCAGCUGACUGGCCUUCAUCAUGAGUUCCAUGUUAAAGUGACAGCUGUGUGGGGACAAGGCUCCAAUGCUGACGUUGCUCUUGAUGACAUUGCAAUUGGUGCGGCCUGCUUCGGCACAGAUGAGAACUCUCUCCUGCCCAUGGCAGACUUGGAGGAUUUCUUAAGCCCCCUUCCAGAGCCUUCAGCCUCAGAGGUUUCUUUGAUGACAUGGUGGUUUAACUCAUGUGGUGCCAGUGGUCCCCAUGGCCCGACCCAGGCCCAGUGUGACAGUACCUACAGGAACAAAAAUGUCAGUGUUACUGUUAGGAAGGAAGAGCCCUUCAAAGGAGUCCAAAUGUGGAGGGUACCUGCGACUAACAGAUACCUGAUCUCUGCUUAUGGGGCUGCAGGAGGGAAAGGAGCCAAAAACCACAACAAGCGCAACCAUGGGGUUUUUAUAUCUGCCAUAUUUCCUCUGGAGAAAGGAGAUACCCUUUACAUCUUGGUGGGACACCAGGGAGAGGAUGCAUGCCCAGGGAGAAAUCCCCAUACCCAGAGGAUCUGCCUGGGAGAGUCAUCAGUCAUUGAAGACAACCUCAGGGGGGAGGCUGGUGCAGAGUGGGCAGGAGGAGGAGGCGGAGGAGGUGGAGCCACCUACAUCUUUAAGAUGGAGGGAGCUGAGCUGGUUCCCUUGCUGAUUGCGGCUGGCGGAGGAGGAAAUGCCUACAUGGAGGACCCCGAGUCCAGUCUGGACCAGAUACCACUGGAGCAGUAUGAAAACAGCACCACAGCUCCUGGUACCAACGGUCAAACUGGUGCUGCAGGUGGAGGCGGAGGCUGGAAAGACAGUCCCAGUCCUCACCAAGGUGCUGGAAAGUCUCUGGUGGAGGGUGCUGAGGGGGGGUCCUCAUGUCCCCUGGCCCAGUCCAAGCUCAGCUGGUCCACAUUUGGGGGAUUUGGAGGUGGAGGUGGGGCCUGCACAGCUGGAGGGGGUGGAGGAGGUUACAGAGGAGGAGACGCUGCACUGACAGAUGAGAUCACUGCUGACGGCCAGAAUGGAAUCUCAUUUAUUCACCCGAUGGGAGAGAUUUUCCUUCAGCCUCUGGCAGCCAUGGAGAGUCACGGCGAGUGUGAGAUCAAGGUGCAGCUGAACUGCAGCCACUGUCAAACGCAAAGCUGCAAACGAGAUGAAGACACUCACCACAUCCUCUGUCUCUGCGACGACGAUGAAGUCCUGGCCAGCGAUAACGUCACAUGUGUCGGCACCAUAGCAGCUCCUCAGGGUCCGGCUCUUCAGGGCCCGAUGUCGACAUCUUUGAUCCUGGCAGUCGUGGUCUCCACCAUCGCGAGUGGCAUUGCGCUGAUCUGCACUGGCAUCAUCCUCAUGUGGUACCGCAGGAAGAACAACCUGCACGCAGUCAGGGGGCGUUUGCAGAGUCCAGAAUACAAGCUGAGCAAGAUCCGCUCCUCCACCAUCAUGACGGACUACAACCCCAACUACUGCUUUGCAGGGAAGGCCGCCUCGCUGAAUGAACUGAAGGAAGUACCGCGCAAGAACAUAACACUUCUCAGGGCUCUCGGCCACGGUGCAUUUGGUGAAGUCUAUGAAGGUCAAGUUCUGGGUAUGAGCAGUGAUAACAGCCCGAUGCAGGUGGCCAUAAAGACUCUUCCAGAAAUCUGCUCCGAACAGGAUGAAAUGGAUUUCCUGAUGGAGGCCCUGAUUAUGAGCAAGUUCAACCAUGACAACAUUGUGCGCUGCAUCGGCGUCAGUCUGAACAUCCUGCCACGUUUCAUCCUGCUGGAGCUGAUGACCGGAGGGGACAUGAAGAGCUUCCUGAGACAGAACAGGCCACGAGCUGGCCAGCCCUCUUCUCUCACCAUGCGGGAGCUGCUGCAGAUGGCCAGAGACAUCGCCUUCGGCUGUCGAUACCUGGAGGAGAAUCACUUCAUACACAGAGACAUUGCUGCUAGAAAUUGCCUGCUCACCUGCCCAGGACCAGACCGAGUGGCCAAAAUUGGGGACUUUGGGAUGGCACGAGACAUAUACAGAGCCAGCUAUUACAGGAAAGGCGGUCGGGCCAUGCUGCCAGUGAAAUGGAUGCCACCGGAGGCCUUCAUGGAGGGAAUCUUCACCUGCAAGACUGAUACAUGGUCAUUUGGAGUGCUGCUGUGGGAGAUCCUCUCUCUGGGUUACAUGCCAUAUCCCUGCAAAACCAACCAAGAGGUGCUGGAGUUUGUCACCAGUGGAGGCAGGAUGGAUCCCCCCAAGGGCUGUCCGGGGCCUGUCUAUCGGAUCAUGACCCAGUGUUGGCAGCACUGUCCCGAGCACCGACCCAACUUCUCUACUAUCCUGGAGAGAAUCAACUACUGCUCUCAGGACCCAGAUGUGAUCAACACACCCCUACCUGUAGAAUACACCCCCUCCUCAGAGGACGAUGGCGGAACAAUAAUCCGUCCCUCUGACCACACCUCCACCAGCCUCACUCCACUCCUGGUGUCCCAUGCUGUCUCCCAGGCUUCCUCCCCCCAGCUGGGUCUCUCCUCUCUGGGCCUGGGUCCGACUCCUCUUCCCCCACAGCCUACCAAACCUCGCCUACUCCUCCAGAGGACCCAGCCUGUCCACCACGAAGUGACAUCAUGCCGCGAGGCUCUGGAGCCGUCCUGGGCCGAGCCUGUUCCCGCUCCUGGUUUGUCAGCAGGGGGCCACUGGCUCCACCCUGAGCCUCCUCAUCACCGGCCUUGCUCCAGAAACAGCUCCUACUCAGGCAGCCAGAAGCUGAAGAACAAGACAAAGAACCUGUGGAACCCCACAUACGGUUCUUGGGUUUUGGAAAACUUCCGAGGGAAGAAAACACUCGCUCACACUCAAUCCAUGCCGCUCUCAAGCUCCGCUUCCUCCACUUCCAACACACAGGCUCCUCAGACCUGCAACACAGCCUCAGACAGCAACCAGGCUGGGUGCGACAGCGCCACCAGCACCCACCUCAGCCCUUCCAGCCUCUGCACUUCCUCAACCUCAUCCCCGUCAUGUCAGGCUCAAGCUGCCCAGAGCACGUCCUCCCACAAGACUGCAACAAGUGGUGGCACAAAAGCUGGUAUAGACCUGGCUAAGCUCCAGAGCUUUCCCUGUGGCAAUGUCAACUACGCCUACGACGAGCAAAGCUAUGAGGCGGAGAGCCUGCCCUUGGUUAUACCCAAAGCCCCAGAAGCCAUCACAAACACCAGCUCUGCUCCCAGUGUCUCCUCAGGGACCAGCCUGGGACUGGUGUUAGGCCUCCAUACCUCCUCAUCUUGUAUGCCAAAGCUGCUGCUGAAGCGCCACGCCAGCUACGGACACGAAGACGUGAGGAGACACACCAAAGCUGAGAAACCCACACGUGACCGAGACUCAGGCUUUUCUCUGUCUGAGGAUCUCAGCGUUACCCCCAUCUAAGAAACGGCUUACUGUAACAGGGAUUUGGAUUGAUGGGAAACGUCACCCGGAGCUCCUUUUCUCACAACAUGAGAACUUCUGGAACAAAAAACAUGACCUUGAGGGCUCCACCAGUCUGAGAGGCAUAACAUCAAAUUAUCUUAGCUCCUGGAAUGCUGGAAAACACAAACACUCCUCUGCACUGUGAUACAGAGAGCCAACGCUGGACUCAAAGCUCUUUCCUGGGCCUCUGGUCGAUGGUAGCUGAAACACUGAAGCUGAAACACUGGACAACACGCAGCCCAGCACUCUCUCAAGGUCCACACUGCUGGUGACGGCUGUCAUAAGUUACUGCUGUAGCUGGACUCCUUUUCUACCGAUUUGUUUUUGUUCUUUCAUAAAAGCUUUGGUAGUUCUUUAUGUUGCAUUAUAGUGUAGCUGGAGUUUGUAGUAUUCCGUGUACAGUACGACCAUAACAAACCAAAAAAUACUGAGCCCCAAGAGAAUCUCCAAGCAUUUUAUCCAUCUCUUUUUUUUACCUUUCUUUUUUUGUAAUUUUUAAUUUCAAAUGUUAAAACAGUUUCAUUUAUAAUUGUAUACCUGUACAUACUUUAGGAACUUACAGUACAACAUGAUACACAUCUGUGAUUCUGAUUUGCUUUCACCCUAAGUAAUGUGAAAACACAGACACCUAACAUACUGCAAUAACACGUCUUUGAUUUGUCUCAACAAAAAGUAUACAUGUGUUUCCAUCACUUCCCCAGCAGGUGGAGUUUGCUCAGUUGAUCAUGGACAUGGUUUAGCUCAUUUAGACGACUCUAAUUCUAUUUCUAUGGUUUAGUUAAGUGUGGGAUUUCGGUCUUGUGAUAACAAGUAGUGAAGCUUUCUCUUGCCGUCCACUGAUUCCUGGUCAGUGACUCUGACCCCUUCCUAAUUUAAGCUGCUGGUUUCGGUCUGGUGCUUACAGACAGCCUGGCAGAGUUACAUCUGGUUUCCUGGAAACGUAAAAGAUAACUUUGGUAUUUGUUUAACCUUGAACCCUCUUUUCCCCUUUUUUUCUGUCCAAGUGACUAAUGGGAACAUUCAUUUUUCGGAAUGGGUCUAGUAUUGAGAGAUUGCUGCAGCAAGCAACCGUGAAACAGGCUGUGAUAUAACCGCUCCAUCAAUUUACGUCCACUAAAAGUGCUUGUUUUUGCCACUGACAGGUCCAGAUUGGUAUUUUAAGUGUCUGACAACAUCAUGGAAAGCAUCCCUCCAAAGGUCAACCUGUAUGUUGAAAGUAAAAUUAUUUUUAACCAGAAACAGCCCCGAAACGCUGACAUCAGACACUCCGGACUACAUUUAAAUAAACAGCAAUUUUAUCUCUGUAAAACACACUUUAUUCAAAGUUGACAGACACUAAAUAAAACUCACAAAAGCUGUCCUGGUUAAUCCUCCCACUAUUCCAACAGUCGCCAGCUCUGGUUUGAUUGAAAUUCGCCCUUAAAUAAAUCAGUCAGGUGUCAAAACAUGCUGCUCUGUACACGCUGAAAUGACCUGUUGUUUAUUUAACUGAAGUCUAGUGAGUUUGGCGAUGACAAUUUCGGAUCUAUUCCUGGUUAAAUACAGAGAAUGUUAAUAUUUAAUGAAAAAGUCUAUCUCUAGGGACCCUUCUCCAUAAUGAUGUCAGACACUUAAAAUAAACUGGGCCUGUCAGCAGCAAAAACAAGCACUUUUAGUAGACAUAAACUGACGCUCAAUAGUAGAACAAUUUCGAAAAUUGUUCUCAUUCAACAAUUAGACAUAAAAAUAUGAGAAAAUAGGGUCAAGGUUGAAAAAUACCAAAGUUACCCUUCAAGUUAUUCCCAGUUUAUUAAUUGAGUUUUUGUGUGGUUAAAGAAAAAAAAAGAUACAAUGUGUUUACAGGUGCAAGCAGGCAGAUACCUGUGUGAUUUACCUGUGGACAGAGCCAGGCUAACUACUUCCCACUGUUUCCAGUCUUUAUGCUAAGCUAAGCUAACUGACUGCUGGAAGUAGCUUCAGAUUCACUUUACAGACGUGAGAGUGGUAUCGAUUUUCCCAUCCAACUCUGCAAGAAUUGUGUUUGUUUUGAUUUUGUGCUGAGAUAUUUUUUUGCCAAACCACAUAGAUCUUGAUUAUUUUUGACAGCUACCUUCCCUCGUUUCCCAAAUAUUUACUUCAACUGCAGGAGGUCUCAUUGAUGUGUAAGCGUGAUGAAUUUGAUAACCAUGCAGAUGUAAAAAAAAAAUAUAUAUAUGAUAUUUUUGUACUCACCUCGUACACUGGACUAACCCAUAGCAUAUGUAGCUGUUUUAUCAUUUACUUGUAUUAAUUUAUGUUACUGUUGGAUCUGUAUUUGUAGUCAAUCACUGCCAUUAAAUACCACCGCGCUGCAUCUGCUGAUGUGGUGCCGGUAGUACCCAUGUUUACUCAGCAGGGGGAGGUAUUCAGCUUUGAUAUACCAAACAUGCUGCUGCAGGUAUCUCAGUUCAUACAGUUCAAAUGUUUAUUCAGUAAUUAUGUUUUCAGUUUAUUCUUAUUUAAUCGAUUCAGUAGUUGUAUUUGAUGUGUGUUGUUAUUUUGAGCCUGAACAUGCUGAUAGUUUAUUUUUAGUAUGUUGAAUGACAUUUUGUUUUAAUGCUCAGGCCUGUGGAUGUUAGUGAGUGUCGUCUUGGUUGCUCAACAUAUUUUAGAGAAGCUGUUUCACCGAAUGGCUCACGUCGUUUUCUAAAGAUUUUUAGCAACAGAUUAGUGCCAUUUACUGUGGGAUUUAUUUCACAGAGAAAGAAAAACAAUCAUCCUCGUCUUGCUCACAGUGUAUAUUUUUUACGGCCUGGUGUAUUUUAUUUCACACUCAUUAAAAAGUUUCUUGUUUUCUUUAUGUAGCUGAGGGUGUUUACGCCUCAACCAAAAAUGCAAAGACAUUCUAUGCAAUA